AAAUGGGCUCGUUGCGGCCGCUUUUAUUCUUCGUGGGGAAGGGAGUUUUAGGGAGCCACAGGGAUAAACGGAAUAAAGCAUAGGGUGUAACAGUCGAACACCGGGGUCCUUCUCUUGCAGCGGCGGGAAAUCGGAUCCCCACAAAACCCUAAUUUUUGGAUUUGCUUCUUUGCUGAUAGAAUUUUUGAAGGCAUUCGCAGUUUGUGCGAGAGUGCUAGGAUUUCUUAUUAAUUUGAGUGGAAACCCUAGGAGGGACAAAAAGAAAAAAAAUCCAUCAAAGACCAAACGAGGCCUUUCUUCAUGGCACUUGCAUUCGCUCCCCUUAGGAGGAAACUGUCAACUUCAUCCACUGUCCGAGCUCGAUACCUCUCGCUUUCUGCCCAUCCAAAACCUUCAGAAGAGCUGACGCCUGACCCUCGAUUCCUCCGGCACAGCUCCCCUGAAGCCAGGCUACUCGACCACUCCCCAUUCCUCCGCUUCCCCCAAGUUCGUGUCACGACCCUCCCCAAUGGCAUCCGUGUGGUCACCCAAUCGGCCCCAUUAUCUGCCUCACACACGGCCUCCAUUGGCGUCUGGAUUGAUGCUGGCAGCCGGUUUGAGGUUCCUGGCACCAAUGGCACGGCGCAUUUCCUCGAGCACAUGAUCUUCAAAGGCACCCGCCAUCGCACAGCCCGGUCUCUCGAGGAGGAGAUAGAGAACAUGGGUGGCCGACUCAAUGCCUAUACUUCCCGUGAGCAGACCACUUUCUAUGCUGAUGUCCAAAGUAAGGAUGUGCCUGUUGCCAUUGAUGUACUUGCAGACAUAUUGCAGAACUCGAGGUUCCCCGACCAUGCCAUCAGGCGGGAACGGGGUGUCAUCCUCCGUGAAAUGGAGGAGGUACAAGGGCAGAUGGAAGAGGUGAUAUUUGAUCACUUGCAUUCGGCCUCGUUCUGUGGUCAUCCUCUAGGGGACACAAUAUUAGGCCCUGAGGAGAACAUCCGGGCAAUCUCUAGGAUUGACUUGCAGCAGUACAUUUACACCCACUAUACAGGACCUAGAAUGGUUGUAUCAGCUGCAGGUGCAGUUAAACAUGAUGAGAUUGUUGAUAUGGUCAGCAGAUUGUUUAGAAAUUUUUCUAGGGAUCCAACCACAGCGGAUCAGCUUGUUGAAGCAAAUCCAGCUAUCUUUACUGGUUCAGAGGUUCGAGUGGAGAAUGAGGACAUGCCUCUAGUGCAUUUGGCAAUAGCUUUCAAAGGGGCAGCAUGGGCUGACCCUAAUUCCAUACCUCUUAUGGUAAUCCAAAGCUUGUUGGGGUCUUGGAACAAAAGCAUAGGUGUAGGUAAUUGUUCAGGGUCUCAGCUAGCUCGUCGAGCCAGCACAGAUAGCUUAGCCGAUAGCAUAAUGGCCUUCAAUACCAACUAUCGUGAUGUAGGAUUAUUUGGCAUUUAUUCUACUGCCAUGCCUGAUCAUGUGCAUGAUUUGUCAUGUUUAAUAAUGGAAGAGAUGAGGAGACUGGCAUAUAAAGUAUCAGAAAGUGAAGUAAUACGAGCCCGAAAUCAGUUAAAAUCUGCUCUUUUGCUUCAUAUCGAUGGAUCUACUGCAGUUGCUGAGAACAAUGGCCGCCAGAUGUUGACAUAUGGACGAGUAAUGCCAUUUCUCGAACUUUUUACUCGCAUAGAUGCUGUUGAUGCUGAUACAGUAAUGGAGACGGCAAAAAACUUCAUAAUUGAUAAGGAUGUUGCUAUUGCUGCGGUGGGACCACUCCAUCUGUUACCAGCCCACAACUGGUUUCGGUCUCAGAUUUCUGCUAAAUAAAACUUACAUAUGCUGUAGCUGCCGCCUUUAGUGCCUGACAUUCAUACGUGUUGUAGAUCUAGCAUUCCUUCAGGGUGACAUGUAACAUUUAGAUUAUGAAGAAAAUUUAUUUCUUUGUUUUUGUUUAGGUAAUUUUUUCUCUGUAAUUCCUGGUAGUGGAACGAUCUUUCUUUAAUUUUACCAAGCAACCUUUUCAGAAUGCAGUUUCUAUCCUGAGUUUUUUGGUCAUGAAAUGCUUGGACUCGAGAGCAUGUAGAAUUUAUUUUAAGACAUAAGUAUCAACACUUGU